GAGUCUGGGAUCUUGGAAAGCAAAGCUAGGGCUAUAGAUCGCCAUGUUUCUCUCUGGCGCCUCGGUUGCUGCCGCCUUCCUCUUCCUCUUACCCCUAGCCACCUUAGCACAGCAGAUCCCCGUGACCGGAAUCCAGGGCGGAGGUGAUGGUACCCCGCUACCGGCACGAAAAAACAUCAAGGACCUCCAGCGGAACGGCGGUCCAGAAUGGGACCUGUUCAUUCUGGGCCUGACGGCUCUGCAAGAUGAGAAGGAAACGAACGAGCUGUCAUAUUUCCAGCUCAUGGGCAUUCACGGACGCCCUUAUAUACCAUGGAACGGCGUCGAGCGGGUUGCUGGCGGCGGGUAUGGAGGAUUCUGUCCGCACAAUAGCGUCCAGUUUGCAUCAUGGCACCGCCCGUUCUUGGCCAUAUAUGAGCAAGCAAUACACACGCACGUCGUCCGGAUCGCGGGCGAGUACAAAGGCCAGAGCGCACCCGUGUACGCGGCGGCGGCGCGGCGGGUGCGGAUACCAUACUGGGACUGGGCGGCGGGCGGCAGCGGCGACAGUGCGCGGCUGCCCGAAGCCGUGACGGCGCGCGAGGUGACGGUGACGACGCCCUCGGGGCGCGCCUCGGUCCGCAACCCGCUCUACAGCUACCGGUUCCAGCGGCGGCCGGACGAGUCCGGGAUGCCCAAUGACACGCUCGGCGCCCGCUUCGGCGAGACUAAACGCGGCCCCACGGCCAACGGGACCGACGACUUUGGGGCCGUCAACGCGCAGCUCGAGGCGCACGCGGGCACGCUAGCGCGGCAGGUGUACAACGUCUUCACACAGACGACGACGUUCGCGCAGAUGUCGACAGAGCAGGUGCCGGGGAGCAGCUUCGAGUCGCCGCACAACAGCAUCCACAACAUGGCGGGCGCGGGUGGCCACCUCCAGUUCCUCGACUGGUCCGCCUUCGACCCGGCCUUUGCGCUGCACCACUGCAACGUCGACCGGCUCGUAGCGCUCUGGCAGGCCGUCAACCCGGACGGCGCCGUGCUCAACGGCAGUGCCUGGUCAAGUGGGCAGUUCGCCACCCCGGCUGGUCAGGUCACGGCCGACUCGCCCCUCAGGCCCUUCUUCGCCAGCAACCGGUCCGGCCACUUCCACACGGGCCGCUCCGUCGCCGACGUGGCCUCGUUCGGCUACACGUAUCCGGAGCUGCUGCCGCCGCCGGCGCCGCAGCGCCAAGAGGAGCAGCAGCUGUCGCGCGCCGACCUGCGCAGGCUGGUCAUGCAGCGCAUUAACGACCUGUACGGGGCCGGGGUCGGGGCUGGGCAGAGCCUGGGCAAGAGAGACGCCGCCACCGUGGCCGCGCGCAGGGACUACGAGCUGCAGAUCCGGGCCGAGCGGGACAGGCUGGACCUGCCGGCCCAGAUCGGCGUCUUUGUGCGCGGGCGACUGGCCGGCCACGUCUCGCUGCUGGGAAUGCCCAGGACCGGCGUCAGCUUCUCGGUCCUGCCCCUCGACGGCGUGCUGACGGAGCUGGGCCUGGUCGACAACAGGACCGAGGCCGCCGUGCUGCCGUUGCUGAGAGACGAGGUCAGGCUCGAGGUCCGCAAGUGCGACGGCACCGACAUCUCGGCCGCGUCCACCCCGGGCCUGCAGCUCGAGGUGCAGAGCCGGGCGUACACGCCGGGCGCGCGCAAGUUCGACUUCCCCACCUUUGGGGCGGUGAGCAAGGUCGCCAUCCACCCCAUCGCGCCGCGGCCGUAG